UGAAAUGUAACGACCUGGACCUCUCGGCAUUUAUUCUAACCGGUAUAACUAGAAGCGAGAUAAGAUCGCCUGUCCUGAAUUAUAGACAACCCUUUAUUACAUAGCAAUCAUGCCGGGGGAGGAAAUUUGACCGCGAUCUGUAUUUCCUUGAUACGCCGGAAGGGAAACCAAAAUCUUCAAGAUGCGAACAGGUAUUCUUACCUCUAUAACAGCGCUGUCGCUUACCCGCGGAGCAAUCGCUUCAAGAGCAUGCGGAAGCGGCACAAACGCGUCUUCGCAAUACCAGUGGCAUGUGGGCGCCGCAAGGUAUGACGGCGCGGAACCGGGGAAGAAGGAUUCCGCGACAAUAGCAGUAAGCAUAGCGCCAGGCAACCGGAUCAUGGGGACAUUUUUCGAAUGCGUUGCAGAGUGGCCCGAAUCGUGGGAGGGCCGGGACGAAGACGGGAACAUAAUUUGGAGCGAUUGUAUCUGGGCUGGCAACGGCCAAACCUAUGAUACUGCCGUCUCUUUUGCUAUAGAUUGGAAGAAUAAUCUCACAAUGUAUAUAUCUCAUACGUUUGACUGCUCGGACAAUCAGGGAUCCGAGGCUUUAGCUACGGGAUCUUUUAAACUGGACAUGGAUUGCUCAACGAGCGAUGAGGAUGGCACGAGCUGUAUGCUGAAGGGUGAAGGUUUGGAUGUUACCACUACCGGACGUCCUGCUCGUUUAGCUGCAGAUUCUUGCGCAGAUAACGCACAUAGAUACCAGUCGUGGCAGCUCGAGAACUGGCAGCGUAGAUACGAAUUGGUUCCUGGUUCGCCGUCUUCAAGCGUGCCCUCUUCCGAUACUGGUCCGUCAUUCAUCCUGAGAAACAUGGCCAACACGGAUGUUUUUAACUGCACAACAUCAGAAAGCAAUGAUAGCACCGCCGCUGGGACUUGCAAGUUGAACACGGGGGAGAGUCCUACGACUGCAACCUUCAGUUUCAACCGGCGAUUAAACGUGUUAACGAUUAAGCAGCAUUGGGACUGCAGUGAUGCGUCUUCGUUUGAAGCCACCGGUAUUGGUUAUGUCCAAGCAACAUGUAGUCGGGAGGGGAAUUUUCUCUCCUGUACUUCAACCCUGCUCUGGAUUGGUACGGAAACGCUAUGACAACAAUGCCUCUUUAUGGAGAAUGCCACCAUAACGAUGCACCUACCAACUUCAUUCAGGUUGUUGGGGUAAUAAUUACUAUCUGAGGUACCUGGAGAUUGGUAAAUUGCUUAUGGAAGCUCUCUUCUCUCUCUGAGAAGAAA